CAGCCACAGCUACAGCUCUACCUUCAGCAAAGUCUGCAGUUUCAGUCGCGCGUCGUCGCUCCAAGCGUGAGGUUCAAGCCAAGAGAGUACCGAGCUCAGUAGAUCACACCGAAGAUCGAAGCUAACCAGCCGAACAAAGCACACAGAGGAGACUACGUUCACGAAGAAGAGGAAGGAAGGGGCAAACAUGGAGACCUAUCUGACAGAGAUCAAACAAUUGCGCAUACCACGCCCGAAAUUCGAGCCCAACAGUUGCCACCAGCAACACCAACAUGCGGUGGCAGGCACAUCGACAAGCUCCAGCACCACCUCCAACACGCCCACGCCCCCCCAUCAUCAUCAGCGGCCGUGGCGACACUUUGUGCGACCCUUUACGCCGCCACGUGAUUACCAUCUGCCGAUGGUGGCCGGAGGAGCAUGGUCCGCGGAGGAGGCCUCCAUGCACGACAAGAUGUGAGGCGGAGUCGGCGGAGUAGGAGGCGCGGCAGGAGCGGUCUGCGGUCCGUUUGACCUGCCAUCGCAUUGCUUACACUUAUUGGCUAUAUGCACAUGCUAUACAUAACAUAUAUAUCUCUCUCUCUGUAUAUGUACAUAUGUACGAUAUAUACAUACUUAUAAUUGCAUAAUUUAGUGAUUCAGUUUAGUGUUUAGUUAUGUAGUUUAGUUACCUUAAAUAUAUAGAGUUACAAUUACAGAUGCAAGGAAUAAAGUAUACAAAAAGUUGUA